AAGGUGUGCUGAUGCUUUAAACUGUUGCUCAACAGACAGAUGAGUUGUACAAGCACACGUGAAUCUUUUGUGACGUUGCUUACUAGUGAUUAUUUUCAUCCGUGAUGAAUUGGAGUAGCAACAAAUAGUCAGAUCGUUUAGGUAUGUUGGUCAUAUUUGUCUCGAGUGGAAUAAUCUACACAAAUAUAUUUGUGAAAAUGUGUAUUGUUCAACUUGAGCACAAUUGAUACAACGAGCAGUUUUCCAGUGAAAAACGCUAUCACUUAUCGAAAUGAGUCUUAGAGGAUAUGUAGAAGCUUCAAGAAUAUUUUUAUUGAUUGCAAUAAUUUCUACUUUCAUAACUUGCAUGGUAUGCCGAAACAUUCUAGACAAAGAAAAUGCACAUCCACUGGCGGUGGAUGGCGGUGCCAAUGUUUUAGAUGAAUUGGAGGAUCAACUAAAUCCAUUACUCUUCUCUACAAGUGAGAACUCAAAGACCCAUGAGAAAUCGAACACUGGCGAAGAAACCCUACAAAAAUCAACAGACAUCAACAAACCAGCUGAAAAUAUACCAGACAUCGAGUUUUUCGAGUAUAGACACCAUGCCACACCUCAUCCAACUUUAGAAAAUGAUGAGUUGGGAUUUGAUUACGAUUACAAUGAUGAUCAAAAGCGAGGUAUCUCCCAUGCAGACACAAUGAAUCAGGAAGGAGCAAGCAGAGAUGAUGUUGGUUUAGAGAGGUACACUGAGGAAAGUAUAAGUUCAAAUAAUAAAGGACAAAAGGAGGAUUCCAAUGAUAGUGCCUGGAUUCCUGAUUGUGAUAUACCUCCUUACCCUGAUAUGCUACGAAAAUCACCAGAUGGAAAUGAUAUAAUAGAUAACUUGGGUACAGGAGCCUCGGAUGUGGACAGUGGAUCCCACAGUCCUGAUCUCAUGAAAAAUAUAAUUGUAGAGAACUCAACGUUUAAACAGGAGCUAGAAGAUAGACUAUUAGAAGGGUUCUUGGAUGGAUCUUCUGGUGAUAUGACUUCUCUAAAUUCAGAAAUAGAUGAUCUAGGGGGGACAGAAACAGUGAAGGUGGAGGUUGAUUUCUUAAAAAGGUUGUUGGAACUGAAAAAUUCUUUAAGAAGCUUGUUGAGAGACGAUACACCUUUUGAAGCGAACCUUAGAAAUACUAUGAAGGAAGUCAGUGCAGUUCUUGAAGAUCGCUUUGGCCAAGUGGAGAAUUUGCAUAAGGCAAUGAGAGUUAAAGACUUGAAUGGGAGGAAACAAGUGCAGAAGUUACAAGACUAUCAUAAAAAGACUAUGGAUUCACCAGAUGGAGAUGAGAAUGUUUUGUUAGAGGUCAAGAAAGCUAGAAAACGUCUGAAGAUGAUUACUAGGAAUAACGAUGAGGACCUACAUCCAGACUACAUUGAUGUGAUGCGAGAAUUGAUUUCAAUGCUCAAAACAUUCAAAAAGGUGGUGAGAAACAACAAAGUUGAAGUCAGACAUGAUGAAAAACUGUUAGGUUCAGGCGAUCAAGAUUUUCCCCCAAAAAAAUCUUCCGAGAAGGAUUUGGAGGACCAAAACAUAGUAAAAAAUAUUAUAGAUACCUUGGAUCUUCAACUCGCUGAUGGGAUAGAAGAGAAUGGGAAAACGAGUAGAGUAAAGAACCUCAAGAUACCUAAACAAUCAUGGACAAUUGAUACUUCGGAUCCGGAUUAUGAAGAAAAUAUCGAAAUCGGAAGAAAAGAUCUAGAAAAUAAAUUGAAGAACCACAGGAGUAAAAGAUUGAAAUCUUGGAAUGAUGAAUUGGAAUUGAAAGUCUCUGAGUUUGAUUCAUUGGAAGAGUGGAAGGAGGAAAUGACGAGGAAGCAGGAACGGAAAAGGAAGAAGAAAGAAAUGAAGAGAAAGAAAAGAGAGAAUAAGAAGUACUUUGGAAGUAAGUUGUUUGAUGAUUUGUGACUAGAACUAGAAAGAAGUUGUGGAUCUCGUCAGUUAUUAAUGUGUGUAUUUUAUGAGAUUAGCAUAUUAUAUGGCCUUCUACUUAUUCUCUAAGAUCAAAACAAGACAAUCAGUUCAGAUGAUUCUGUGGAUGAAUGCAACAUUUUGUUCAGUGUUAUGGAUUCAAAAGUGGAAAUAUAUGCAAUAUUCAACGUUA